AGAAGUAAAGGAAACAAAAAGAUUACGAAACCAAGUGGAAGAGUGUCCAAAUGGAAGAGGAGAAAGGAAGAGUUUGUGUAACUGGAGGCACAGGGUUUAUUGGUUCAUGGAUCAUCAAGAGACUCCUUGAGGGUGGUUACACUGUUAAUACCACUAUUAGAUCUGAUCCAGGGCGCAAGAGGGAUGUUAGUUUCCUCACAAAUCUUCCAUUUGCAUCCAAAAAGCUAAGAAUUUUCAAUGCUGAUCUCAGCAACCCAGAGAGUUUCAGUGAAGCAAUUGAAGGGUGCAUUGGCGUGCUCCACACAGCUACUCCAAUUGAUUUAGAAGUGAACGAGCCGGAGGAAAUAGUGACCAAAAGAACCAUUGAUGGAGCAUUAGGCAUUCUAAAAGCAUGCCUCAAUUCAAAGACAGUGAAGAGGGUUGUUUACACUUCUAGUGCUUCUGCUGUUUAUUGGCAGGGCAAAGAAGAGGAAGUGAUGGAUGAGAGUUAUUGGAGUGACGAAAAUCUUCUUAGAGAUUUGAAACCAUUUGCUUGGUCGUAUUCAAUUUCUAAGACAUUGGCAGAGAAGGCAGUUCUUGAAUUUGGAGAACAGCAUGGGUUGGAUGUUGUGACUCUAAUUCCUACUUUUGUUCUUGGACCCUUCAUUUGUCCUAAGCUUCCAGGCUCAGUUUAUACUUCACUGGCUUUUUUAUUUGGUGAGAAGAAUCCACUUGGUGCCUCUCGUAUCCACAUGGUGCAUGUUGAUGAUGUAGCACGAGCACAUAUAUUCCUGCUUGAGCAUCCUAAUCCAAGAGGGAGAUAUAAUUGCUCACCAUUCAUUGCAACUGUCGAAGAAAUAGCAGAACUUCUUUCUGCCAAAUACCCAAAAUUUCAAAUACCAACACCGGACGAGGUGAAGAAAAUUAAUGGUCCCAAGCUUCCACAUUUAAACUCGAAGAAACUUAUUGAUGCCGGAUUUGAGUUUAAGUAUAGCUUGGAGGAAAUGUAUGAGGAUGCAAUUGAAUGCUGCAAGGAAAAGGGUCAUCUAUGAAUCACGAUUCAUGAAGUUAAUAAGAUUAGUGAUAGUAGUAAAUAAAACGCCGACAUAUGCAUGAAGUUAUAUUUACAAUAAAUGCUAUAUGUAUACCUUCAAGUAUUGGCAAAAUCUAUCA